CACUUAACGUCUGCACUUCGCUUUUAUAGGAGCUGCUGGAUAAGGGACAGGAGCCCAUGGGUCACCCUGGGGCUGCAGGCAGAGUGCCACGGGAGCCCCAGGAUGUGUGGUUGGCAUCGGGAUUUUGUAAAUAAAGAAAAGGGUAUUUUUGUAAUGGUGUCCCGUUUGUGGCUGCAGGGGGAAUGGGAGGGAGGUGGGGGGGUGGGUGGGACACAGAUUGGUGGCACAGGGUUGGGAUGGAGGGACUGCAAUAGGAUGGAGCAGAGUGGGAGAGGAUGGGGACAGAGGGGAGCUGUGGGGACAGAUUGGGACUGGGGACAGAGCUGGGGAUGCUGUGGGGCUGGAGGGGAUGGGAGUGGGGAUGGAGAUACGAAGGGAUGGAGGUGUAGGUGAUGGGCACAGUCUGACCUCAGAAGUGGGAGCAGGGCUGCAGGGCGUCACCUUGGAGUGACAGAGCACAAGGUGACAGAUGUGGGGCUGGUGGUGGCACAGGGGUAACGGGGAAUGCGUCACAUGGGGUUGACAGACAGUGGGGACAACGUGGGGUGACAGAGCAACACGUGCUGGUGGCCUUUGCCUGGGUUUAUUUCGAUGUACAGCGGUGGCAUUGGGGAACGGUGCUGUCCCCACAGUGUCACCCAUUGCCCUGGGUGAUGGCACAGGAAGGGACACAGCUGGUACAGUGGCACUGCUGGGCUCUGUGGGGUGCAAAAUGGCACCAUGGGCACUGGAGGACCCCAUUACUCUCUUAAGGGAUGUAGGAGGUACCCAAGUGUGCCCUGGGGUGGCCACUGGCCCCAUUGCUCCCUAUGGGGGGGUGCAAGAUAACACUGUGGCCACCCAGUGCCCCAUUGCUUCCCGUGGGGUUCAGGGAUCACUUCAAGGUGCCAUUGGGCUCCAUGGGGUGCAGGAUGGUUCCACGGGUGCCCAGCAGCCCCACUGAUCCCCGUGGGGUUGAUGGGAUCACUUCAAGUUGCCGUUGGGCUCCACGAGGUGCAGGAUGGAACAGUGGCCCCAUUACUCCCUGUGGGGCUCAAGGAUCACUUGGGGGUCCUAUUGCUCCCGGUGGGGUUCAGGGAUCUCUCAAUGAUCCUAUUGUUCCCCAUGGGGCUCAGGGAUCUCUCAGUGACCCUAUUGCUCUCCAUGGGGCUCAAGGAUCACUUAAGGACCCCACUGUUCCCCAUGGAGUUCAAGGAUCUUUAAGUGGCCCUAUUGCUCCCUAUGGGGCUCAGGGUGCACUUAGGUGCUGCAUUGGACUCCACUGCUCCCCAUGGAGCUCAGGGAUCACUUAGGGUCCCCACUGCUCCCCAUAGGGCUCAAGGAUCACUUAAGGACCUCACUGGUCCCCAUGGGGCUCAGGGAUCACUUAGGGGCCCCACUGUUCCCCAUGGGGUUCAGGGAUCUCUCAAUGGCCCUAUUGCUUCCCAUGGGGCUCAGGGAUCUCUCAGUGGUCCUAUUGCUUGCCAUGGGGCUCAAGGAUCACUUAAGGACCCCACUGUUUCCCAUGGGGUUCAAGGAUCACUUAGAGGUCCCAUUGCUCCCCAUGGGGCUCAGGGAUCUUUCAGUGGCCCUAUUCCUCCCCAUGGGGCUCAAGGAUCACUUAGAGGUCCCACUGCUCCCCAUGGAGCUCAGGGAACUCUCAAUGGCCCUAUUGCUCUCCAUGGGGCUCAAGGAUCACUUAGGGGCCCUACUGCUCCCCAUGGAGCUCAGGGAUCACUUAGGGGCCCCACUGUCCCCAUGGAGCUCAGGGAUCACUUAAGGACCCCACUGUUCCCCAUGGGGCUCAGGGAUCUCUCAGUGGCCCUAUUGCUCCCCAUGGGGCUCAAGGAUCACUUAAGGACCCCACUGUUUCCCAUGGAGUUCAAGGAUCACUUAAUGGCCCUAUUGCUCCCCAUGGGGCUCAGGGAUCUCUCAGUGGCCCUAUUGCUCCCCAUGGGGGUCAAAGAUCACUUAAGGACCCCACUGUUUCCCAUGGAGUUCAAGGAUCACUCAGUGGCCCUAUUGCUCCCUAUGGGGCUCAGGGAUCACUUAGGGGUCCCGUUGCUCCCCAUGGGGCUCAGGGAUCACUUAGGGGUCCCAUUGCUCCCCAUGGAGCUCAGGGAACUCUCAAUGGCCCUAUUGAUCCCCAUGGGGCUCAGGCAUCUCUCAGUGGCCCUAUAGCUCCCUGGGGAG